AUGGAUGUAGCCGGUAAGGAUCCUGAUCAAGGACUAGGUGAAAUCAUAGGUACUAUCUCAAUCAACCGGGACUGGUACCAGUGCAGGUCAGGUAAUUCAUCUGCAACUCCUGGAACAAAAACUGAGGCUAAAGCUGAACUUACCAAGGUCUCUGUUGAUAUCAGUAAGACUAAGGGCACCAAUGAGUUUGGCUAUUCCAAGGAAGAUAAAAUCUACACUUUCACCGCUAAGGAUGGCUUCAAGUUCAACAAGGUUACUAAAGGAACAGAUGCUGUUUGGGAGUCUAAGGAUAAUGCGUGUGGAACUAAGGUUAUAUUUAUUGAUGAGCGUGAUAAAUAUGUGUCAAUUCUACUGACAAAUAAUAUGUUCUUAUUACUCCAUCUGGAAGGAAAUGAGUGGAAAGAUAUCACCAAAGAUAGGUAUGAUGUCUCUAAGGUUAAGUUCCUUGGAGAGAAUGAUACUGAGCUCAAGUCUUCAGACUACACCAUUACCAUUGUCGAUUACUCCUAUAGAUUCACAUUCAAAGAUGGAGUCAAGUGUAAGAAGAUCAAGUAUGCAGAUGUUGAUGUUUGGAAACAUAGUGACGAUCCUAAGUUUGAGUCGAUAACUGCGUUUGAUCUUGGUCUUGUUUCUAACAAUUUCUUUGUGAAGAACCAAUCUGAAUUUAAAAAACUAGAUUUUAAACCAACUCAACCAAAGGCUACUACUGUAACAAAAUCUGAGGUUGAGCCUGAGGUUAAACCAGCAAUAGUAAGUCAGGUAUCAGCUUCAUUAACAUCUGCUGUAACAACACUUACCAAGGUUACUCUUGACAUUGAGAAGACUGAGUCUACUAAUGAGUUUGACUACACUGAUGAGAGUGGAGUCGUCACAUAUAAACCGAAGGAUAACCAUGUGUUCGAUAAGGUAUCUCAAGGUACCAAGGUUGUUUGGCAAUCGACUGAUAUCUUUGGCACAUUAGUAAGGAUUAAGGUUACCAAGAAUAUUAAAUACCUAGCCAUGCUCCUCACGAAUCAUACGUUCAUAUUAUUCCAUCUUGAGAAUAAUGAGUGGAAGGACAUAACCAAAGACAGAUAUGAAGUUUCUAAACUGAAAUUCUUUGGAGAUAAUGAUACUGAAAUUACCAAGAAUGAUUUCUCAGUAAACAUUGUGUUCCUAUCAUAUGAAUUCACAUUCAAUACUGAUGUUAAAUGUAAGAAAAUAAAGCUAGGAGAUGAUGAUGUUUGGAAAGAUACCGAUGACACCAAGUAUUCGGAUAUAAAAUCAUUUUCAAUAGGUCUUACAUCGAACGCAUUCUUUGUUAAGAAUCAGUCUGAUCAAUCAAAGAAGGUAGAUUUUAAACCGACACAAGCAAAGGAAGAUCAAGAAUCCAAAGGUGAAUCUGAACAGGUUGAAGCUAUGGUUACUCCAACCAUAGUAAGUCAGGUAUCUACUCCACUAGCAUCUGUCUCCAAACCUGCUGUCACUCCUAUCGGUGUUGAUAUACAGAAAACCCAGCCCACAAGUGAUUUCGAGUACACAGUUGAAAGUGGAGUCGUUACAUACAAACCGAAGGACAACCACGUGUUUAAUAAGGUAGUUGAUGGAACCACUUCUAUUUGGCAAUCUAUAAAUGAUGUCUUUGGUACUUUGGUGAGGACUAUGACUAGCAAUGGUGUUAAAUAUGUAGCCAUACUACACGAUAAUAAUAUGUUCAAACUGUUCAAACAGGAGGGAAGUGAGUGGACGGACAUAACCUCUAAGAGUCAUGAUAUUACCAAGCUGAAGUUUUUUGGAGAUAAUGAUACUGAACUCAAGUCUACUGAUUACACUGUUACCAUUGUCGAUCUAUCAUAUACCUACAUAUUUAAUGAUGGAGUCAUGUGUAAGAAGGUGAAGCUAGGUGAAGAUGAUGUUUGGAAACAUUCUGAUGAUCCUAAGUUUUCAGAAAUCAAGUCAUUUCGACUUGGUCUUGUAUCCAACACUUUCUAUGUCCUUAAUAAUAAAAAUGAAUUCAAAAAAGUAGAUUUUAAACCAACACAAACAAAGGGAGCUCCUUUAACCAAAGGUCAAUCUGAGGUAAUCACUCCCACUAGUGUUCCUCAUACUUCAUUGGCCAUCCUGACUGAGGAUGCACCAGCAAAAGCUUCUGUGACAGUUAUUGCUCCUACUGGUAAACCUCGACCAAAGAAAACUCCUGAGGUGGCUGCUGGACCUAGGACAGCUAUUACACUCAACAUCGGUGAUAAGGCAAGUAAUAGCGCUGUUGACUUUAAAGAGGAUUAUCUGAAAAAUGUCAUGGUAUUUAGUGCUAUGGAGAAAUACGUGUUCAAUAAAAUCGUUAAGACUAGUGGCUCCAAUUGCUGUGGUUCCAACUGCUGUGGAUCUGAGACAGUAAUUUGGGAGGCCAAGAACAAAAGUGAGCAUUUUGAUACAGUCUAUGUUGAUGGUCUCGGCACAUUUUCUAGUACUAGUAAUUUGAGUAUUCAUCUUUGUGAUGGGACCUUUAAGCACUUUAAUAAGUCGACCUUUGGAGGCUGGAGUGAGUCUCCAGGUGUCGUAGAUCUUGAUGUAAGGAUUUCCAGUAGCAAUAUCCAAGUUGAUUUCUUUAAGAAGGAUAACUAUAGGAUAUAUGUAGCUAAACCUGGCUACACAAUCAGAAAGGUUGUCAAGUCCAAGAAAUGUAGCUCAGAUUGUUGCUGUUCACCCAAGGUUAUUUGGGAGGCACAUAAGGAAUACGCACUUAAGGUAGUGUUGAUGGGCUCUAAGAAAGAACCCAAACACCUUGCAGUUCUGUUGAAGAAUGGUGAACUUAAUCUCCUAUUCAAGGGUGGUAAGGGUAAGCCUUGGGAGGAUGUAACCUCUACAAAGAAUAAAAUUACUGAUCUCAAGAUGUAUGCUAUGGCUGGUGAUAAGAGCAUGGAGCUCCACAAAGGCCACUAUUCCAUAACCUUGUUUAACGAAUUUUAUGGUUAUUUGUUCUAUGAAGGAGUUGGCUGUGUAAAGGUUAUCCAUAAGGAUAAGACUAUUUGGAACCUUAGGGAGGAACGUGACUUUGGUUGCUUGAAAGGAGCCUUUCUCGAUUUAAAAUCUAAUAAGUUUAAUGUCAUGAAUGAUGAUGAUAGGUGCUGGGUAUGUGAACAGGUGAGGAAGGUUAAUCCUGUCCCCCUCGAUGUCAGCAGUAAGGCCAGUACUGACGACUUUGAUUUUACUGUCGAUCAUAACAGAAAUAUUAACAUCUACACCUCCAAGGGUAACGCAAUGUUCUACCAGGUGGUUAAGAAGAGUAGUACCAAUUGCUGUGGCUCAACUUGCUGUGGUUCAGAGAUUGUGAUAUGGGAAACAGAAGAUCCCAAAGGCUAUGCCACCAAGGUUUUUGCCGAUGGUUUAGGUGCCUGUAGCAGUACCAAAAACGUGAGCAUAUACCUGUUGAAUGGCGAUAUAUUGCAUUUUAGUGAGGGUGAUAAUGUGUGGAAGAAGUCUGAUCACAAAAUUGUCCUUGAACUAGGUAAGACUUCGAGUACCAUUGGGUAUGACUUUGUCCAUCAAGGUGAGAGUAGGACUUUCACUGCAAAGCCUGGAUACCUAUUCAAAACCGUAAAGCUCGGCAGUUCCUGGAAAUGGCUAGUCUGUGGUUCAAGUUGUUGUAAUUCAGCAUGUCUUGCAGAUGAUAUUUUUUGGGAGGCAGAAACUGAUGAAGAGUGCUCAACCAAGGUCACAGUCUAUGGUGUCGAAACAAAUGUUAAGAACAUUAACAUAUUCCUCAAAAAUAAUCAGGUUAAGCACUUCCACAAAGCGAACAGGAAGUGGGUGUCAAAAACCAGCAUCGUUCUUGAUAUUGAGAAGAAUAAGGAUAAUGACCUAUUUGAGUAUAGAUCCACCAGAAACUUCGGUCAUUUCAAUCCUAAAGCCAAUUUGACAAUCAGUAAGAUUGUGAAGAAAGUAUUUUUUGAACGGGUUAUCUGGACUGCCAAACCAGACGAUCAUGGACUCAAGGCAGUACUGAUGGGUUCUGGUAAGGAUGAGAAAUUUAUGUCGAUUUUGCUGCAAAGUGGUAACUAUGUACUUCUUUGGAAGUGUGGUAAAGGUCAGCCAUGGGAAGACAUUACUAAGGAAAAGAGUGAUUUCUCCGGUAUCAAGAUGUACUCGUUGGAAGAAGGUACAUCCAAGUAUCAUGAACUCACUAAGACUGAUUAUGAACCAAUAAUAUUCGAGUCAAGAUAUGGCUAUGAGUUUAAAGAUUCUGUCAAAUGUGUGAAGAUCACAUACAAUGAUAAUCUACUGUGGUCACAUACUGAGGAUGCUGAGUUUGGAUACCUCAAGGGUCUAUAUCUCGAUCUUCCUAAAGACCAGUUCAGUGUCACAAAUCUUAAAGAUCAGACAAAGCAACUUACCAAACCUAAAAGAACAACCGUAACCCUUGAUAUAUCUAAGAAGGAGACUACUGAACAAUAUGAGUACUUUAAGGAUGGUGAUUGUGAAAAAUACAGUGCUAAGUCUGGUAAUGUGUUCGAAAAGAUUGUUGAUGAUACUAAGACCAUCUGGCAAUCGAAGGAUAAUGUCUGUGGUUCUUUGGUCAGAACUAAGACUAAAGAAGACGGGAUAUAUUUGGCCAUACUACUGACUAAUAAUAUGUUCAAACUGUUCAAAGAGUCUGAUGGUACUUGGAACAAUAUCACUAGCCAGAGGUCAGAUAUUACUAAACUCAAGUUCCUUGGAGAGGAUAAUGAGAUCUCCUCAUCAGACUAUGAGGUUACAAUAGUUGAUUACUCUUAUCAAUUCAUGUUUAAAGGUGUAGUCAGCUGUAAGAAGGUGAUGUUAGGAGAUGUUCAGGUUUGGAACCAUAGUGACGAUAAAAAGUUUGGAGAAAUCAGGAAAUUUCAACUUGGUCUUGUAUCCAACAGUUUCUUCGUAGUUAAUAAUAAAUCUGAAUCGAAAAAACUUACCAAAUCUAAGGUAGCCCUGGACAUCGAGAAUACUGAGAGUACCAAUGAGUUCCAGUACUCUAAGGAUGUAAGUGGAUAUGUCACAUACACUGCUAAGGAUGGACAUGUGUUCAAUAAGAUAACCCAGGGUACCAAGGAUAUUUGGAUAUGUAAAGAUGAUGUGUUUGGAACUUCGGUCGGGGUUAGGACUAAGGAUGGCCAGAAUUAUGCGGUCGUCUUACUUGUAAACGGUAAUUUCAAGUUGUUCCAGGAGUCUGGUGGUAACUGGACUGAUAUAACCUCAAGUAGGUUCGAUGUGAAGAUGCUCCAGUUCUAUGACAAGAAUGAUUAUGAGCUAACUUCAUCUAACUACACAGUUCAAUUACUAGGACAUUGCAAAUGCUCCACCAUCAGUUAUCUGUUCGAUAGAGGACCCAAGUGUAAGUCCGUCAUGUACGGAAAUGAUAUUGUUUGGGACGAAACCAAGUGCUUUUCUUAUAAAACCAUCAACAGAUUUGACUUUGAUCCUAUUUCAAACACUUUCUAUGCUGUUAAGAACUGUUGUGAUUGGAAGAAAAUCGAUUAUAAACCUGCUGAACGAACCAAGGUCUCUCUUGACAUAGAUAAGACUGAGACUACCAGUGAGUUCGAUUAUUCCAAGGAUGGUGACUUUCAAAAAUACAGUGUUAAGUCUGGCCAUGUAUUCAGUAAAGUAUCUCAGGGUACCAAGGAUAUUUGGGUGUCUAAAAAUAAUGUCUUUAGUACAUUGGUGAGGACUAUGACUAGCAAUGGUGUUAAAUAUGUAGCCAUACUACACGAUAAUAAUAUGUUCAAACUGUUCAAACAGGAGGGAAGUGAGUGGAAGGACAUAACCUCUAAGAGUCAUGAUAUUACCAAACUAAGGUUCCUUGGUGAUAACGAUGUUGAACUCUCCAAGAGUUAUUACACUGUUACAAUCGUCGAUCUAUCAUAUACCUACAUAUUUAAAACCGGAGUUAUGUGUAAGAAGGUGAAGUUAGGUGAAGAUGAUGUUUGGAAUCAUUCUGAUGAUCCUAACUUUGAGACUAUAAAGUCAUUUCGACUUGGUCUUGUAUCCAACACUUUCUAUGCCAUUAAUAAUAAUAAUGAAUCUAAAAAACUAGAAUUUAAACCAACUCCUGUAACGGCAACUGUAUCAACUCCAUUAACAUCUGCCUCCAAACCUUCUGUAACUUCAGUUACUGCUGAUAUAUCCAAGACUCAAAGUACCGGCGAGUUUGAAUAUACUGAUGAAAAUGGAGUUGUCACAUUUAAACCUAAGGAUAACCAUGUAUUCGAUAAGGUUGUUGAUGGUACCAAGGUAGUUUGGCAAUCCAAGGAAAAUGUCUAUGGUAUUUUGGUUAGGAUUAAGGUAACCAAGAGUGUUAAAUAUCUGGCCGUACUCCUGGAUAAUCAUAUGUUCUCAUUGUUCCAUGAGGAAUCCGGUGACUGGAAGGACAUAACCAAAGAUAGAUAUGAUGUUUCUAAACUUAAAUUCUUUGGAGAAAAUGAUGUUGAACUUAGGGCAUCAGAUUAUACAGUAACCAUUGUGUUCCUAUCAUAUGAAUUCACAUUCAAUACUGGAGUCAAAUGUAAGAAAAUUAAGUUAGCACAUGAUGAUGUUUGGAAAGAUACCGAUGACACCAAGUAUUCUGAUAUAAAAUCAUUUUCAUUGGGACUUUCAUCGAACACAUUCUUCGUUAAGAACCAGUCUGAUAAAUCCAAGAAGGUAGAGUUUAAAGCAACUGAAGUUACCAAAGUAACUGUUGAUAUCAUUGCUAGUCAGUCUACAGAUCAGUUUGACUAUACAGACGAUAAUGGUGUUGUAACAUACAAAGUGAAGUCUGACCAUGUGUUUAGCAAGAUUACUCAGGGUACCACAGAUAUUUGGGAAGCUAAGGAUGAUGUCAAUGGUAUCUUGGUUAGGACCAAGACUUCCAAGGGUGUUAAAUACCUUGUUGUCCUUCUUACAAAUAAUAUGUUCACACUUUUCAAUGAGGAGGCUGGCAAGUGGCAAGAUGUAACAUCUAAGAGACAUGAUGUUAAGAAGCUCAAGUUCCUAGGUGAGAGUGAUCGUGAGCUAUCCAAGAAUGAUUACACAGUUACCAUUGUUGAUCUAUCAUUUGCUUACAUAUUCAAAGAUGGAGUUAAAUGUAAGACGAUCAUGUUAGGAGAUGACGAACUUUGGAAUCAUAGUGACGAUACGAAAUUUGCAGAGAUAAAGUCAUUUUCACUCGGACUUGCAUCAAACGCUUUCUUCGUUAAGAAUAAGUCUGAUCAACUCAAGAAGAUAGAAAGGCCUCUUGAGGGUGAGUCUAUGGUUACUCCAACAAUAGCAAGUCAGGUAUCUGCUCCUCUAGCAUCGUCCGUAUCACCUCCUAAGGGAACACCUGUUGGUGUUGACAUAUCGAAGACUCAGACUACUAAUGAGUUCGAAUAUACUGACGAGAGUGGAGUUAUUACAUACAAACCCAAAUCAGGUAAUGUGUUCAAUAAGGUUGUUGAGGGUACCAAGGUUGUUUGGGAAUCUACAAAUGAUGUAUUUGGUACUUUGGUAAGGAUUAAGGUUACCAAGGGUGUUAAAUAUCUUGCCAUUCUACUAGAUAAUAAUAUGUUCACACUAUUCCAUGAGGAAUCCGGUGAGUGGAAGGAUAUAACCAAAGAUAGGUUUGAUGUUUCUAAAGUCAAAUUCUUUGGUGAAGGUGAUUCUGAGCUCUCCAAGACCGAUUAUACAGUAAACAUUUCAUUCCUAUCUUAUGAAUUUACAUUCAAUGAUGGAGUGAAAUGUAAGAAGGUGAAGUUAGGAGAUGAUGAUGUUUGGAAACACACCGAUGACACUAACUUUGCAGAUAUAAAGUCAUUUUCAUUAGGACUUACCUCAAACAAUUUCUUUGUUAAGAAUCAGUCUGAUCAAUCCAAGAAAGUAGAUUUUAAAGCAACUCAAGCUAAGUCUACUCCUGAGGCUAAACCAACUAAACCUGCAGCGGCUCAAACAUCACAAGCCAAACCUGCAGAACAAGCUAAGCCAGCCCCUACUAAACCUGAAGCUAAACCUGCAGAACAAGCUAAGGCUACUCCAGCGGCUACAGCGGCCCAGACUCAAGCCAAACCACAGGCUACUCCAGCGGCUAAACCUGCUGGGACUACAGCUGGCCAAGCUAAGGCUACUCCACCAGCUAAACCUGCAGGACAGCCUAAACCAUCUGCCAAGUAG